CGGGCGCAUGCGCGCUCGCGCAACAGCACUGCAGCUCCCUUCUAUCGAUUUUCGUGUUCCGAUGAAAGUGUUGGGUUUCUCGGGUCUAGUUUUAGUGUUUGUGUUAAAUUAUUUGAAUGGGAUUCAUUUAUAAAACACACGUUUUUCGUGCGGUGUGAUUGAGCCUCCUCCACGAUGACGAAAGACAGAUUGGCGGCCCUUGUUGCGGCCCAGAGCGACGACGACGACGUCGGACCCGACGAUGUGGCUGUCAACGUCGAAGGCCGCGACGGCUUCAUGGACGCCUUUUUCGGCGAGGUGGAAGACAUACGAGACAUGAUAGAUAAGAUUCAAGCAAAUGUAGAAGAAGUAAAGAAGAAACACAGUAGUAUACUUUCAGCACCGCAAAGUGAUGAAAAAACGAAACAAGAACUUGAAGAUUUAAUGGCCGAUAUAAAGAAAACUGCCAAUAAAGUCCGUGCCAAGCUUAAAGUGAUAGAACAAAACAUAGAGCAAGAAGAACAAACGAAUAAAUCGUCGGCGGAUUUGAGGAUACGGAAAACGCAACACUCGACGUUAUCCCGAAAAUUCGUAGAAGUCAUGACGGAAUACAAUCGGACACAGACAGAUUACAGAGAACGAUGUAAAGGGAGAAUACAAAGACAAUUAGAAAUCACCGGUCGAUCGACAACUAACGAGGAAUUAGAAGAGAUGUUAGAACAGGGCAAUUCGGCCGUCUUUACACAAGGUAUCAUAAUGGAAACGCAACAAGCCAAGCAAACCCUAGCUGAUAUCGAAGCGCGACACGCUGAUAUUAUCAAAUUAGAAAAUUCAAUCAAAGAAUUACACGACAUGUUUAUGGACAUGGCAAUGCUAGUCGAGAACCAGGGCGAAAUGAUCGAUCGUAUCGAAUACCACGUGGAACACGCCGUCGAUUACGUCCAAACGGCGACCCAAGAUACCAAAAAAGCGUUAAAGUACCAAAGCAAAGCGAGACGGAAGAAAAUAAUGAUCUUAGUCUGCGUAACAAUCCUCGGUUUAAUAGUCACAGUCACCAUCGGAAGUUAUCUCGGACUUGGGGGUUAAUUGUAACUCUCACCAAAUCAUCGUUCUUCUUCGCUUGCUCCAAACAUAAAGCAUUGUUUGUUGUUGAGACAGUUUAGGUAUUAUUUGGGUAUAAAAAAAAACCUUGUUUCGUAGCUUAGCAGUUACUGUAUAAAUACAAUAUAAUAUAAAAAAAGGAACAUAUUAAAAUGAAUCUCGAAACAUUUGCUGUAGCAAUAAUAUGUAAAUGUUGAGUUCGAAAAUGUGUGAUAUUUCUUUUAGAAAUUGUCUAGAAAUGUUGCGUACUAGUGUACAGAGUUACUGUUUUCUAUAUUAUAACUUUUGAUUUUGGGCAUUUCGGAAAGGUGCCAUUUUUUGAUUAGCUUCGUAGUUUUAGCAGUAGGCUGUUGUUCUUUAUAGAGGGGUGCACCACACAAUCAGUAGAUUUUGAAAGGCCUAACUUCGGAAGACGUUUCAGCCAGCGCGCGCCAUCAACACGGGUAUUUCGAAUUUCCCGCCACAAUUGCAUAGGCGGGAAAUUCAAACUUGACGCAUGCGCAAAUGGCACCAUCAGCGUUAUUGUCUUCCGUCAUCCCUGUUGAGUUGAUUUCGAGUUGAUUUGUACAUUUCUAGGCUUUCAAGGAUCUCUGUAAUAAUGAACAUAAGUCUUUCGUCAUGUACGUAGACGAGACGAUUUUAUACUGGACCUAAAUCAUAAUAGUUGUAGCUCCAGUAUGGGGGGAGUUAGUAAUUCACCACCACCAAGUAGUGUGAAUUGUAACCACCACCAAUUCAAAGUUAUAAUACGUGUCAAUUCAAUUGGAAAAUCUUUGAAACUUAUAAUAAAUUUUCUUGCAUCUUUAAGUGUCGAUGCAAACAAGUGAGAUAUUAAUGUAGUUAAAAAAUACUUUUUAUCAUGUAAGUAGUUGACAUGUAGUAGAGAUAGGCUAUUUUAAAAGGGAAUUUGACAAAACGAUGUUUCACGUUUAUGUUGAUUUUCGUUCGACAUUAGCAUAGUUUUACAAAGAAAUGGCAAUAUUUAUAUAUCGGCUCCUCUAACCACUUACACGAUGAAUCGGCUAGAUUUGCACCAUCUUUAAAAGAUCAUCGACUUUUUUAGCAUAGUUUAGGACUACUUUUUUAACGAUUCAUCGCAGUGGUUCAAGGAGAAACUUGUGAUUCUCUCUGUGUGUCCUUUUCAACCUAAACCGAGCACAAAUGUGAAAACACUUCAACAGAACUAUGUGUCAUAGUCUAGGCUCCUAGUUCUAGUAAUUGUACACUGCAAGCGUGUCCUGGCCACUAGCGACACCUUUUGGGACUGUCAAAUCUCUGAGGUUCAAAAAAUACAAUCAGUGUUGCCAAGUCUAGUGAAAUUUCACCAGAUCUGGGGAUUUGGUGACAACAUUUGUAAAAAUCUGAAUAUCUGACGCUUUUUAGAUAUUUAACUGCAGUUACGGCAGAAAAUUAAUAAAUAGGAUUUUUUAAUCGCGUAUCUGCCGUUUUUAGGCAAUCGUCAAGGAAAAAAAAUCAAGUUGAUAUAAUUUUUUGCAUUUUUUGAGCAUUUUCUAGGUUUUUUAACUAGAACCUCAAUCAUUUUGCGAAAUAAGUAAAAAGCUACCAAAUUAUAGUAAAGAAAAUAGUUCCAUUUGUUUUUAUGAGAUUUCCCCCAACGGAAUCAAAAAAUCACUAAAUUGGAUCGAAAAGUACAUUAUUUUAUCCUUUUUAGGAGUAUUGUUAGCUUAAAACUCAGAAACUAAACUAUUUUGCAAAAUUUCGUUAAAAACAAACCAAAAAUUUACCAAAUUAAGCCAAAAGUUGUGUUUUUUUUGCAUCUUUAAAGUACUUAAGCAUGUUUCUGAAGUAAAUACGAAACUGGCUAAAAAUAUAGUUCGUUUUUGAAGCAGGGAUUUUUUGCAAGAUCUUGUUAAAACAUGCCUAAAAAUUGCAAAAGUAAAUCUAAAUUGAUGUUAUUUUGUAUGUUUUAUUCGAUUUAGCUCUUUUCCAGUGAAAUUUUGUCAAAAAUAAGCCGAAAAACACAAAAUUUGAUAUAAAAUGGUGUUACUUUAUUUUCUUCAAGUUUUUAAGGCACGUUUUUGAAUAUCAGUUUUUGUGAGAUUUUACUAAAAAAACAUAAAAACAAGUUUUAUUAUCUGUUAGCAUGUUUUUGGAGUAAAAAAGGUAAAUAUUUUGUAAAAUUUCGUUAGAAACGAGUCAAAAAUUACAUAAUUCGACCAAAAGUAGUGUUAUUUUUGUGUUUUAGCACAUUUUUGAGCAGAUUUGAGAGAUUUAUAUAAAA